AGGGGGGACGGCAUUGACCCUGUUAAAUCUUUGUACACUAACUUAUCAAAUCUUCCAAUACAUUCCUCUUUUCCGACUGGGCCUUGAGGCACGAUAAACUCUUUUGCUACUAUUUGGUGCUCUUUAUCUUCCCCACAGUAAAUCGAAAAUUCCUCCUGUUGGUCCUAAUCCGCUUCAGUCAGGCAAAUUACAUCCUGUUUAUAUGUCAGAUGGCAGGGCCAGCCACGGACUUCCUGCUCAUCCAGCUUUUCCACAUUCUCUGAUUUCCACUAGCCAGACCGAAGUGGCUUACAUUUCUCGCGAGGGUGCGAAGUCGCGAAGGAGUAAAAAACAGACAAAACAAAACAAAGCAAAAGUGAGAGGAGGGCAGGGUCCCACCAACCUCAGUUGGAGGUCAGGAGAAACCUCAAUUCUGCGAUUGAGAUUCAAGUCCGAGCAGUAGCCCCUUUCUCUUGUAGGCCAAAGACUCUGUACCUCCUCCAUUAUUACAAAUGAAAUAAUAGGGCCGCUGUCACCGCCCUCGAAGAGUCUGAGUUUGGUUGGAGAAUUUCCCAACGUCCCCGCCCUCACCGCCAUUGGGUACUUCCGCGCGGAGGAACAGGAGGUGCCCGGGCGGGACUGCGCUGGGCUCCGCGCGGCGAGCGCGGCAACGCGAUGACGUCACUGACGACGGACUGCGUGGGCGGGGUCUUACUUUGAACCCGGUUGGCGGGAGUUGUGGCUCGGAAAGGGCCUUAGCUGAUGCUGCCGGCUUCCGUCUGGGCUGGCGUACGAUGGAGCCCACUGCGGGGAGCGAGAAGGAGAGUGAAGGAGACGCGAUGACGGGGAAGUGCGUGAAUAGGAUCCUGGUGCCAAGACCUCCCUCCAUUGAGGAGUUCACCAUAGUGAAGCCCAUUAGCCGUGGCGCCUUUGGGAAGGUGUAUCUCGGGCAGAAAGGCAGCAGGUUGUAUGCUGUGAAGGUUGUCAAAAAAGCAGAUAUGAUCAACAAAAAUAUGACUCAUCAGGUACAAGCUGAGAGGGAUGCACUAGCACUGAGCAAAAGUCCUUUCAUUGUCCAUUUGUAUUAUUCACUACAGUCAGCAAACAAUGUCUACUUGGUAAUGGAAUAUCUUAUUGGUGGAGAUGUCAAGUCUCUCCUACAUAUAUAUGGUUAUUUUGAUGAAGAGAUGGCUGUGAAAUAUAUUUCUGAAGUAGCCUUGGCUCUAGACUAUCUUCACAGACACGGAAUCAUCCACAGGGAUUUGAAACCAGACAAUAUGCUUAUUUCUAAUGAAGGUCAUAUUAAACUAACAGAUUUUGGCCUUUCCAAAGUUACUUUGAAUAGAGACAUCAAUAUGAUGGAUAUCCUUACAACACCAUCAAUGGCUAAACCUAGACAAGAUUAUUCAAGAACCCCAGGACAAGUGUUAUCUCUCAUCAGCUCUUUGGGAUUUUACACACCAGUUGCAGAAAAAAACAAAGACUCUGCAAAUAUUAUUUCAACCCAUGUAUCUGAAACAUCGCAGCUUUCUCAAGGACUAAUUUGUCCUAUGUCUGUAGAUCACAGGGACACUACUCCUUAUUCUAGCAAACUACUAAACUCAUGUCUUGAAACAGUUGCCUCCAAUCCCGGGAUGCCUGUGAAGUGCCUAACGUCUAAUCUCCUGCAGUCCAGGAGAAGGCUGGCUACAUCCAGUGCCAGCAGCCAGUCCCACACCUUCAUAUCCAGUGCGGAGUCUGAGUGCCACAGCAGCCCCCGAUGGGAGAAGGACUGCCAGGAAAGUGAUGAUGCACUGGGCUCUACAGUGAUGAGUUGGAAUAUAAUAGAAAAGCCUUCAUGUACAAAAUCUACCAAUUCCAUUGAAACCAAAGAUUUCAAUAAAAAGGAUCUUGAGUUAGUGCUUUCUCCCAUUCAUAACAGCAGUACCAUUCCUGAGACUGGAAGCUCUUGUGUAAACCUGGCUAAAAAAUGCUUCCCCGGGGAAGUUUCUUGGGAAGCAAAAGAACUGGAUAUAAAUAAUAUUCAUGUGGCCACUGACACAGCACAGUCUGGUUUUCACCAGUCAGAGGAGUGGACUGUGGAUUCUGGUGAUAGGACUGAAGAGCACCUCGGAAAAAGAGGUUUUAAAAGAAAUUUUGAGUUAGUUGACUCUAGUCCUUGGCAGAACAUCAUACAGAAUAAAAAAAACUGUAUAGAGCAGAAGUCUAGAAAUGAAAUGAGCGAUGGUUAUAUAAAUCAAAGGACAGGCUUAACAACUGAAGUCCAAGACCUGAAGCUAUCUGUAUGUGGUCAGCAAAGUGACUGUGCUGAUAAGGAGAACAUGGUCAAUUCUUUCAUUGAUAAACCACACACCCCAGAAAAAUCACCUACCCCGAUGAUAGCAAAAAACCUUCUGUGUGAACUGGAUGAGGAUUGUGACAAGAAUAACAAGAAGGACCUCCUAAGUUCUAGUUUUCUAUGUUCCGACGAUGAGAGAGCUUCUAAAAGUAUUUGUAUAGACUCCGAUUCAUCUUUUCCCGGAAUUUCUAUCAUGGAAAGUUCAUUAGAAAGGCAGUCCUUAGAUCCAGAUAAAAGCAUCAAAGAAUCCUCUUUUGAAGAAUCAAACAUUGAAGACCUACUUACCGUAUCACCCAGCUGGCAGGAAAAUACCUUGCCGAAAGGUGAUGAGAAUCCUGCUGUCCAAGGCAGUAGCCAAAAAAUGUUAGCUCCGUCUUCGGAGGUGUUGAAAACAUUAACCUUAUCUAAAAGAAAUGCUGUAGCUUUUCGAAGUUUUAACAGUCCUAUCAAUGCGUCCAAAAACUCAGAACCAUCCGAAAUGAGCAUUACCUCUUUAGAUGGAAUGGAUAUUUCCUGUGUUUAUAGUGGUUCAUAUCCCAUGGCUAUAACCCCUAAUCAAAAAGGAACAUCCUAUAUGCCAUAUCAGACCCCAAAUCAGGUCAAAUCAGGAACUCCAUACCGAACUCCAAAGAGAGUGAGGAGAGGGGCAGCCCCCGUGGAUGAUGGGCGGAUUCUUGGGACCCCGGACUACCUCGCACCUGAGCUGUUAUUGGGCAGAGCCCAUGGUCCUGCAGUAGACUGGUGGGCACUUGGAGUUUGCUUGUUUGAGUUUCUAGCAGGAAUUCCUCCUUUCAAUGAUGAAACACCACAACAAGUAUUCCAAAAUAUUCUGAAAAGAGAUAUCCCUUGGCCUGAAGGUGAAGAAAAGUUAUCUGAUAAUGCUCAAAAUGCAGUAGAGAUACUUUUAACUAUUGAUAAUGCAAAGAGAGCUGGUAUGAAAGAGCUGAAACGUCAUCCUCUCUUCAGUGAUGUGGACUGGGGAAAUCUGCAGCAUCAAACUAUGCCUUUCAUACCCCAACCAGAUGACGAAACAGAUACAUCCUAUUUUGAAGCCAGAAAUAAUGCUCAGCACCUGACUGUAUCUGGAUUUAGUCUAUAGCACAUAAAUUUCCUUUUAAUCUAAUCUUGGCUUAUAAGCUAUCAUAAUUAUAUACUCCUUCAUAAGAGAUUGAUCUAAGGGGGAAAAAGAAUCAUUAUGUUACUUGGAUCAAUGAGUUUUUAAUGUAUGUUACAGCUUCCACAAAGUUAAAAUUCUCUCAAGAACACAGUAACUUAUCUUAAUUUCAGAGUUGUAUAUAGAUCUUCAAAACUUCUUUCACUUUAUUUUGUUACCGCACUUUAUGAAAAUUCAUGCAUCAAUAAAACUAGAAUGACACUACUCUGUUAGAAGAGGAACAAGCUUUGAGCCUAAAUUUCUUUCACGUGUUGAUUUCAGUCCACCAUUCAGUUUGAUGUUAAAAUAACAAAAUCAUACGGUUUUAUUGUAAUUUAUUUGGACAUAAUUGCCUGCAAAAGCUGAAGUCUCGAGAGCAAUCAUUUAAGCUUGCACUUGUGGCCUCAAAACUGCAGCUGGGAAAUUCCUUCACUCAGUAGUGUAACUCCUUUAGGGAAUGAGGAAUAAAAAGGAGAGAGGCUUUAGCUAACCUUACUUUGAAACAGUCUUGCUUCCUUGACUACUUCUGGUGCUUUCUCUACAAUACAUAUUUGCUUAACAUUGUACUGGAGAGCUUAGGUGUGAUAUGCUGUAGCAAUUUUAAUGGCUUAUUCAAUUUUAAUAAAACAUGAUGGUUUACAUCUUAAAAGAAUUUGUUUAAAACAUGUGCAACAUUACAAGAAACAACCUGAUCCUUAAAAAUAAAUAAUAACUUAUUUUUGCUUAAUAAAUGUAACACUUCAAGUAUAUUAUCUGUCAACAUCCU